AAGCCGAAGACACAAAGGGAACGCCAAAGGCCCUGUAUCUAAAAGCCAUGCCAACACGGCCUCUUCACUUCCAUGCCUUUUCUCCGCCGCUAUUCUACCUUUCCCUACCCUAAUAGCCUCCGCGAACUCGAACCCACCACCACUCUCCCUUCACUCCCAACCCUCCUCAGAGCCUGCAAGACCUCCCUCCACCUCCACCAACUCCACGCCCACAUCAUCCGCAAAGGCCUAGAGCAAGACCACUUCGUCGUCAACCUCUUCGUCUCCCUCUGCAACUCUCUUUCCACCCUCUCCUACUCCACCAGCGUCUUCAACCGCGUUCUCAGACCCAAUGCAUUUCUCUGGAACUGCCUCAUCAGAGGUUACUGCGAAAAGUCGCAUCUCAGCGACACCGUUUCUGUCUUUAUUCGCAUGAAGAGAGAGGAGGGUGUGCCCGAUAAGUACACGUAUCCGUCGCUGAUUAAAUCGUGUUCGUGUGCGCGUGAGGUUAGGCUAGGGCGGGCCAUUCAUGGGUCGGCAUUGAGGUGUGGGGCUGAAGGGGAUGCCUACGUCAGGACGAGUUUGAUUGACUUGUACGGGAAAUGUAGAGAGAUUGCGUGUGCUCGUAAGGUUUUCGAUGACAUGACUGAGAGAAAUGUCGUUUCGUGGACGGCUAUGGUUGUUGGGUAUGUUACUGUUGGGGAUUUGGAGGAGGCGAAGAGGCUGUUCGACGUUAUGCCGGAGAGAAAUGUUGUGUCGUGGAAUGCAAUUAUUAGCGGGCUUGUGAAACUGGGUGACUUGAGGGGUGCUAAAAGGAUAUUUGAUGAAAUGCCCGAGAAGAAUGCGGUUUCUUAUACUACGAUGAUUGAUGGGUAUGCAAAGGCGGGUGACAUGGUGUCCGCAAGGUUUUUGUUUGAGCAGGUCCCUGUUAGGGAUAUUGUUGCAUGGUCGGCUUUGAUAUCGGGUUAUGCUCAGAAUGGUCAGCCUAACGAGGCGGUGAAAGUUUUUCUUGAAAUGGAGUCGAGGGAUGUUGAGCCUGAUGAGUUUGUUUUCGUGAGCUUGAUGUCGGCUUGUUCCCAAGUUGGUAGUUUGGAUUUGGCUAAAUGGGUUGAUUCGUAUCUGAGCAGAAGCGCAAUUGAUCUUCGUCAACCUCAUAUUGCUGCAGCUCUUGUUGACAUGAAUGCGAAGUGUGGAAAUAUGGAGAGGGCGACAGAGUUGUUUGAGGAGAUGCCCCAGAAGGACCUAAUCUCGUAUUGUUCCAUGAUACAAGGGUUGUCCUAUCAUGGUCAUGGGAACUGGGCUGUUGGUCUCUUCAAUAGGAUGCUAAACGAAGGGCUGGUUCCGGAUGAGGUGGCCUUUACGGUCAUCCUUACAGCAUGUAGUCACGGUGGGCUUGUUGAGGAGGGUUGGCACUACUUCGAAUCCAUGAAAAAUGAGUACUCUAUCGAUCCCUCUCCUAAUCAUUAUGCUUGUAUGGUUGAUCUUCUCAGCAGAUCAGGGAGGUUGAAAGCAGCUUAUGAGCUUGUAAAAUCAAUGCCUGUGGAGCCACAUGCUGGUGCCUGGGGUGCACUUCUUGGGGCCUGUAAGUUAGAGUGUGAUAUUGAAUUGGGGGAGGUGAUUGCAGCUCGCCUUCUUGAGAUUGAGCCCUGUAAUGCUGGUAAUUAUGUGCUGUUGUCCAACAUCUAUGCAGCAGCAGACCGGUGGUUGGAUGUUUCUCUUGUGAGGGAGAAAAUGAAGGCAAGAGGAGUUAGAAAAAUCGCUGGUUGCAGUUGGAUUUAGUUCAGGAGGCUGGGUUCUUUUGUAUCUCUUCUCAUGCAAUGCCAUGGUUUUGAAGAUUUAGAGCUGCAUUUCCUGGCUCCUUUUUACCGUGGAAUUGUAGAUUAUGGAAUCUAAACAUGAAUCCCAAUUUAUUGAUGCGUAAAGAAAACCAAGAUAAAGGCCUUCUAUUUCGAAACUAGAGCUGCAAUUUUCUGCACCUUGACGUAGCACAGAGGCAUUUUGAUUGCUAAGGUUCAAAUUUUCACCUCAAAUCAAUGCAAUUGUGAUUCUUCCUCUGGAACCUUGUACGUUGGAGAUUGAACCCAAGACAUGGAAAAUGCAGUUCAGCUACGGGAUUGUUGUUGCGAGGAGAUUCUAAUUCUGAGUGAUUUGCCUGGAAAUUUUGUUCACUCGUGAGGUCGACUGGCAGCAAAUAACUGUGGACUGGCGCUGCCUUAGUUUCUCCAAGAUACUGUUACUUUAAGUUUAAUAUAUUCAAGUUUUUCAAUGGACAGCUCGGGCUGAAACCGAUAUUGGAUUUUCACUCUCUCCAGACCAGAAUUUGCUUGGAUCUAUCUUUAACAAUCUUGAUUGUAAUGCUGCAAGAUAGCAGUUAGUCCAUCAUGCAUUGAUAUCUUCUGUUAAACAUCCAGUGUUUACAAAAUAGAUAAAGCUGGAUGUGCCAUUUAUUAAGAUGAAGAAAAGGUUAAUUAACCUAGUUUUCUUU